AGUUUCUUUUUCUCUGUCUUUGCGUGCGGUUCAGUUUUAGAAAUAGGAAGAAUCGUUCAAGUAGAGGCGAGAUCCGUGCGUUUUCCUUUUACCCGACUCGAAUAAAAUUUUUAUAAACAGAAAAGGAAUUCUCAAAUAGUGUGCAACAAAUGCAAAUUAACUACAAACAUACAAUAAAAAAAACAAAUCGAAGCGUGUUAAAGCUAAGAAAAAAAGAAUAGUCUUUUGUUUGGCAAUUGUGCAAUACAUAAAAAAAAGCGAAAAGCAAAUAUAAAGCAGAACAGAGAAAGAGCCGAAAAGUUAAAUACGCAUUAUAAAAGAAUUUCGGCAGGCAAAAAAACAACAACAAUAACAAAAACAAUAUUGUGCAACAAAGUAAACAAUUUGUAAAAGCCUUAACAAACACACACACGGCAGAAACAGUAACAGAAACAACAACAAAAUGAGUGUAUGUGAGAACAAGACCGUUGUGCAACAGCAAUUGCAACAACAAGCCGCUGCCGUUGCGGCUGCCGCAGCCGCUGCCGUUGUUCAACAGCAGCAACAACAACAGCAGCCCCCGCAAGUGGUGGUGGCACAGGCACAGCACAUGACGCCACAACAACAACAACAGAGCACACAAAGCAUUGCCGACUAUUUGGCACAAUUGCUAAAGGAUCGCAAGCAAUUGGCCGCAUUUCCAAAUGUCUUUACGCAUGUUGAGCGUCUCCUGGAUGAAGAAAUUGCACGCGUACGCGCCUCCCUGUUCCAGAUCAAUGGCGUUAAGAAGGAGCCGCUUACACUGCCCGAGCCAGAGGGUGCCAUGGUAACGUUGAACGAGAAGGUCUAUGUGCCAGUGCGUGAGCAUCCAGAUUUCAACUUUGUUGGUCGCAUUUUGGGACCACGCGGCAUGACAGCCAAACAAUUAGAACAAGAGACUGGCUGUAAGAUAAUGGUACGCGGCAAGGGAUCCAUGCGGGACAAGAAGAAGGAGGAUGCCAAUCGCGGCAAGCCAAACUGGGAGCAUUUGUCCGAUGAUCUGCAUGUCCUGAUCACUGUCGAGGAUACCGAGAAUCGCGCCAAAGUCAAGUUGGCCCAGGCUGUCGCUGAAGUGCAAAAGUUGCUUGUGCCGCAAGCCGAAGGCGAAGAUGAACUAAAGAAACGUCAACUUAUGGAAUUAGCCAUUAUUAACGGCACUUAUAGGGACACAACAGCGAAAUCAGUCGCAGCUUUCUCAUGCGUUGGUUCUCCUUCUGCUUCUGUUCUGUAUCCCGCAGUUUGCGAAGAGGACUGGCGUCGCCUGGUUGCUGCAUCGGAUAAUCGGCUGCUGACACCGACAUUGUCUGGAUUGGCCACUCAAAUACGUUCACCUGCGAAUGCACCACUGGGCGCACCCUUGAUACUUAAUCCACGGAUGACAGUGCCCACUUCGGCGGCCAGCAUAUUGUCCGCCCAAGCAGCGCCGACAGCAACAUUUGAUCAGACAGCACAUGGCAUGAUCUUUGCACCCUAUGGAGAUUAUGCGAAUUAUGCGGCACUCGCUGGCAAUCCUCUGCUGACGGAAUAUGCAGAUCAUAGCGUUGGUCGAUAUAUGCAUGCCGGCUCCGUCUUUUGAACUUUUUUUUAAUUUGAGUGUGCACCAAGAAUUUAUUGAAGUCCAUAAAUUGUUAGUUCUUAGUUCCAGUUAAAUUACAUUCUGCAGCUGACAGUGCACAACACAGAUAAAAAAAAAUUACCUAAACAUAAUUAGUUAUAGAUACAAAACAAACAAAUGCAAAAUGGCACAAGAACAAACAACAACAACUACAACUACAACUACAAAAACAAAAAACAAAUACUCAAAAGAGAAAGAAAAUGCAGAAAAUACUUAAAGCAUACAUGAAUGAUUAUUGCUCGUCAAAGUUUUUGUUAGUUCAUAGGUCGCAAAACAUUUCUACAAAACUGGCGACUGGUUAAUAAGUGAUUUUUAGGCGCUACAAAUGAAGAAUUUAUCUUUUUAUUUUAUCUUGUUUCUUUCGUUUUGACAAACAUGAGUAUAUUCUAGUUGACAACAACAACAAACAUAACAAAUGACAGCAAAUUGGUUGUUGGUUGUUGUUUGGGAACAAUGAAGUAUUCUACUUACAUAAAUACAUACAUAUUACUUAAAGCCUUCAACUAAGUUGCUGACUUGAAUAGCUAUUAGUGUACCUUAUUUUUAUGUCGAAAUAACCUUGUUCCGUAUUCUAUAUUCGCUUCAAUUGCACGUUCAUAAAUUUGGCAUAGCAUUGAGAGCAGUUUAAAGUUAUUUUUCAGUCUGACUUUUCUUUAGAGAAUGCUUUUAUGAUUGCAAUGUGAAAUGUAGCCGAAAUUGUAGCACAGAACAGGGUCUGUAUGUUUUUUAGCUUUCUUAGGUUUCGACUUCUGUUAUUUAUAGCAUAGAUUAUAUACCUUUUUUGUUUGAUUUUUUGCGGUGUGGGUUGAUUGUUUAUUUUCGUUUUAAUUUUUCAAUACUCUUUAAGUGCAAUAUUUAGCUGGUAGCUAAUUAGUUUUGUGAAGCAAUUAAACGCAGUAUUUAUGCACAAAUGUACCUUACGACAAGUUCAAGUUUUACAUUUGAUUUCCGUACCGUUUGAUUUUUUCCAGCCAGUGCCAUCUUUAAUUUUUUGUUAUUUGAACAAAGAGCAGCAGCCUCACAAUUUUUGCUAGCAUUUUAAUGAGAAUCCAUACAAACAUAUAUUAUUAUAACUAGAUUAUGAAUAUUUAUUCAUUUAUUAUUGUAGCUUAUUAAACGGAGCCUUGAAUCGAAUUGGUGCUUAAACAUUUUAUAGAAAUAAGUUAGUUGAGGUUCAGGCAGCCGUCCAACAAUAUUUUGCACAACUAGUCAAAAGUCAGCAAAAGCGAGCAUCAAAUGUUUGAUAAAAAGUUAGACAGACAGACAAAGAGACGGACAGUUAGACAAUGUGACAGACAGCUGGAAGAAUUCUAAAGAACAAACUACAUUAAAGUUAUGACAAAA